AUGUGUAAUGUCUGUUGCCAUCAAAACCUAACCCACCCCAUUGCUCAAUAUGGUGGAGUCAGUAGUAGAGGAACGGAACAGCGGAGGGAUAUUGCUUCUGAUGGGCCUAACCCUAGUCUCUUCGUGCAGGCUUGCUGCGAGGCAAAUCACUUUCCGAGACGUCAAGUGUCGGCGAACCUGAGGGAACAAGCCGCUCCUGACAGAGGUAAAAGCAGUCUGGCCUUGAACUUUAGCUUUGGAUACCAGUGCAAUGGAGUCCCCAAAUGCCGACAGCCACGCGUGACAGAUUAUUUCGUCUUGUCAUCGAAGAGCCACAGCAUCCAAAACGAGCAUAAUGAAACUGGAGACCCGGCGCGCUGUGUCGGGUGUCACACGGAAAUACACCUCACGUCAAACGUGAAGUAG